AUGGGUUCUACUCCAAAACUUUCUUUAUCUAAACUUCGAUACAAGCCGAGAGAGCCUCUAGAAGUGCAAACACCGCCACUCCAACCAUUAGUUUCCAUCCCAUUUCACUGGGAGGAGGCACCGGGAAAGCCCAGAACCACCGCCACUAUUCCACCACCACCUAAUAACAAAACUGCCUGCAGGUGCUUAGACCUUCCUCCAAGAUUGUUGAAUGAUGCAGCGAAAAUUACCAAUAUGCCCUCCCCGACAACCAUUUUAGAUGGAGCUUAUUUGGGUGGAUCUGGGUCUCGGACUUUAUCAUUUUCUUUCCGAAAAGUGUCGCACGGGAGCUUGGAAGAGAGGUCCAAGAAGAGAGGGAGUGGUGUUAAGGAGAGCUUGAGUUAUAAUGAAUAA